UGAGUCAGUGAGAGAGAGAGAGGGUGGGUAGCGAUAUUGGUGUGCCCUUUCCUCUCCAACAGCGCGUCAUUUUUAGCUCUGGAGCGACUUGGACGUCGGUACCUCGGUUAAAAGCGGACAGUAUCCUGUGUGUUUCGUAUCGAGGAAGGAUUGUCAGAGGCCGUGAAGACUUGGUGAAUGUGUGCGCUGGCAGUGUAGAGAAUAUGGUUUCCUCAGCACGAUGGAGCAGAGGAAAGCUGUGUCCGGAUUUGUCCCGUGCUGUCUGUUACUGGCGCUGGCGGUGUCUGCAGAGAUUUCUCAAUGGACGCACUUGAAUGUAGUUCAGAGUGCAGUGCUGCUGUCCUGUUCAGAGGGUCUCACUAAACUGGGCCACUAUAAUGGCUCGGUUUCUCACACAGACGCAGGCUCCCCAUGCUUAAAGUGGACUAACUUCCCAGACUACAUGCAGCAGUAUCCAAACCGAGGCCUGGGAGACCAUAACUUCUGCCGAAACCCAGACAGAGAAACCAAACCGUGGUGCUUCUUCCGAAAGACCUCUGGAGCCAUUGGAUGGGCUUAUUGUGAUUGUCAUCAAGGUGCAGUCAGACUGGUGGGGGGUUCAGGCAACAGUGGCCGUCUGGAGGUGUAUGUGAAUAACAAGUGGGGCGCAGUAUGUGACACACACUGGACUGACCGUGAUGCCAGUGUCAUAUGCAGACAGCUUGGACUAAGUGAGAUUGGUAUAGCCCUACAGCAUUCCUACUUUGGCCCCAGUCCCAUCUUCCACUAUGAGCGUCUAGGCUGCCGUGGUAACGAGAAUUCCCUGCUAGAGUGCUGGAACAGGAAGUUUGCCACUGGAGACUGUAACCACGGAAACGAAGCAGGGGUGCUUUGUGCUGAACCUGAAGGUACUGGAAUCCCUUUAAGGCUGGCAGGAGGCCUGGAGGAAUUUGAGGGGCGUGUGGAGGUGUACCAUAACGGCAGGUGGGGAACCAUUUGUGAUGACCAAUGGGAUGAUCUUGAUGCAGAAGUGGUGUGUCGACAGUUGGGCUUGGGGGGUGUUGCCAAAGCAUGGACGCGGGCCCACUUUGGCCAGGGUUUUGGUCCAGUUUUGCUGGCUCGGGUUCAGUGCACAGGCAAUGAACUCUCUCUAGAAGAUUGUCCUCAUAGCAACUGGGAACAGCACAACUGUGAACACAUGGACGAUGCAGGGGUGUCUUGCAAUCCAUAUACAGAUGGUGCAGUUCGCCUGGUGGGAGCAACCAGCGACCGGGAGGGUCGCGUGGAGAUUUACUACCAGGGACAAUGGGGCACUGUGUGUGAUGACAGCUGGACUGAGCUCAAUGCCCAGGUAGUGUGCAGACAGCUCGGUUUCAGGGGGCGAGCAGAAGUGGCUCCUGAGAAGGUGUAUGAAGAAGGCAAUGGGUUGAUCCAGCUGGAUGAGGUGCAGUGUGACGGGACAGAGACCACUUUACUGGCCUGCACUCAUUCUCAGUGGAGACAACACGACUGCUCACACAGUGAGGAUGUAGGUGUUCUCUGUCACAGUGAUGCCAAUGAGAUACAAAGUAAUUACGCACCCAUAGGCCCUCUGGUGCGUUUGGUUGCAGGAGAGACCAGGAGGGAAGGCAGAGUGGAAGUGUUUGUUAACGGCCAGUGGGGAAGUGUGUGCGAUGAUGGCUGGAAUGACGUUAAUGCAGCUGUAGUUUGUAGACAGCUGGGAUUCACUGGCGUGGCUAAAGCUCGAUCUAUGGCGUAUUUCGGUGAGGGUCAGGGUCCAAUCCAUCUGGACAAUGUGCGAUGCUCAGGAACUGAAACAUCCUUAGGCCAGUGUCCAGCUGAAGGACAAGAAGGCCAUGAUUGUCGCCACAGCGAGGACGCAGGUGUCAUCUGUGAUUAUACACUAGAUCCCACGGGAAACGGUGCCUCAGCAAUGCAGAGCUGUGGCCGCAGACUCAGUCGUCAGCGUCGUCAGCGAAGAAUCAUAGGAGGAGAAAAGUCACUGAGGGGUGAGUGGCCGUGGCAGGUGUCCCUGUGGCUCAGGUCUCAGUCUAAAGGCAACCAUCCUCUGUGUGGCGCCUCACUCAUCAACUCCUGUUGGCUUGUUACUGCUGCCCACUGCUUCAAGAGAUUUGGCAGAGACCCGGCGCGAUACGUCUUACGUCUCGGUGACUACCACACCGUGGAACAAGAUGACUUCGAACGCACGUUGUCCCCAGAACGCAUCAUCAUUCACACAAAGUACCACAGUCAAAGCUGGGAGUAUGAUAUAGCCCUGCUACGUCUGAAAGGCACAGAGGGAAACUGUGUGGCAUUCAACCCUCACACUGGUGCUGUGUGUCUGCCAGAGCCAGGUGACAAGUUGGAGAAGAGGCUGACUGCCUGUGUAAUAACUGGCUGGGGCAUCACAGACUCAGAGUACUCACACACCCUGCUCCAGGCCUGGGUCCCUCUGCUUCCAGCCUCGACGUGUAAGAAACGAUAUGGAAACCGCUUCACCAGCCGCAUGCUAUGUGCCGGGAGCCUGUCGAAGCACCACCGUGUGGACAGCUGCCAGGGUGACAGUGGGGGUCCGCUGGUUUGUCAGGGGGAGAGGGGUCACUGGGUGCUGACAGGAGUCAUUUCGUGGGGUCAUGGCUGUGGUAACCCCUCUUUCCCUGGGGUUUACACUCGUGUUAGCAGGUUCCUGCGAUGGAUUAACAAGGCUAUCAACAAGCCCUACAAGAACCAGUGAUCAAGAGAAACAAUCAAACAAUCCUGCGUCAUAAAGUGAUUUCAGAGCUUUAAGAGGAAGUAAACCUGCUGGGUGUUACACCUGGAACCUCACACUAGACUGGUUUGGAUCAUCUGAUUAAGUUUCCAGAUUGUUUCAUCAUGGAUUUGAUUGCCACAGUAUGGUAUUUUCAGUUUCAUCAAACACAUUUAGAAAUUAGACAAAGAUAACACAAGUAAACACAAAUCAGUUUCUCAAUGAAGGGAAGAACUCCAAACCUAGAUGGAGCAAGUCCACUGGAAAGAUCUGCAGGGUCACAUGACACAUGCAUGUGAGGCUUUGAUUAACCGCACACAGAAUAUAGGUUUUGAUAACCUGGUCCACAGAGCAGCAAUGUGUGAGAAUGCUGAUAUAAAACCCUUAUUUCAGCUGAUGUUGUGGUUACUUGGUGGGUGGUCUAAAUAUGUCGUUUCUUUUACUGCUGCACAUUUAAUACGCAGCUGAUCCCAAAUAGUCAGCGUACUUAAAAGGAAAAACUACUUGUUACAGGAACAUAUGCACCCAUUUACAGCUUGUCACUCCAUAGUACUUUUCCAUAAUAUGCAUCCAGUAUGUCAGUAUUAUAAUGUUUAUGUCAUGUAUGUAUGCACAGCCUUUAAUUAUUUAAGAAAAAAAUCUGUGCUGACUUUGUUAAGUUAUACAAAUUAAAGUUGACCAAUUAAAAAAAAACCUGGUAACCACAAAUCAGUACCAGCUGGAUGACCAUAUCUCCAUUAUUAUGAAAAUGAGGUGAAAUGUUUGCCCUCCCUCCAACAGAGUGCAGGGACUGUAGAAUCACUGAAGCUGUUCUGGUCGCGUGUGAUGACCACUCAUGUUAUUAAAAUAAUUUAUGUUGUUUCUUCUCCUUGA